AUGGCCCCUAUGUGCUCUAUAUUUAACCUGAUCCAAAGCUGUGAGCAACAACUGAAUCAAGGAAGUCUUGUGGAAGUAGAUGCUUUAUUUGGUUGUAGUGUUAUUUUAUUCAAGAUUGAUGAUAUUGAAGACCUAAGUACAGAAGAAGUUGAGUACGCUUGUGAUAUGCUUUUUUAUACCAUUAAUUGGUUCCGCGAGCUUUUAAAUGCUUUUAUGUUUACAAAAGAAGAAGAAAACUAUAGAACACGGUUGAUUUCUCGACUUCGAAAUGUUCUUGAAAUGGAACAACUACUGAGUCAAUUAAUGCAGCAAUUGGCUAAUUACGUACCUUUAGAGUUUCAACAAACAAGUUCUGCAGCUUUCGAGGAUAGUUCACAAAUUACUCGAAAUGAAGAGUCCCAAGAAACCAGUGCCAAACCCGCCAAAAAAACAGCGAAAACAAGUAUUAUGAAGAUCAGUUCUGUUAAUGAAUUGAGGCCUUAUAUGAGAGCUUUUCAUAUUCAUUUACUUGAAAUUCUCAAGUAUAAUGAAGAAUUAGAAGAAGACCGUAUGACAUUUGAAGAAAUCAACUAUGUCUUGGAAGACAUUAAACAAAAGCUUGAUAUCAAGGUUGUUCCUCCACCCGUUACAGCCUUUGGAAAGAAAAAAUCAACAGAAGAUAACAUUAAAUAUCCAUCAUGUAAUUCGAUUAUGCUUGCUAGAAUGGAUGCUCAGAAAUUGAUGCAAAAGGUUGUUGCUUAUUUACCAGAUAUUCUUCAGACAUUAGAGAAUCUAUAUUCAGAGAUACAAACCAAGGACAUUGAACCGGGCCGCAUAGAAGGUUCUGAAGAUCUUGUUUUAGCUGUCUCUCAUAUUCUUAACAUCCUCAACAAGUUGAUUUCAUGGCCUGAUAUUCAGAAUUCAGACAACCAAGAGAUUUUACAAAAUAUUAUACGUUCUAUUGCAGAUCGUAUUUCAGGUGACAGUAAACAGAAAAAGAACUCGACGACUCAAGAUGAAGAUCUUCAACAAGCAUUCCGUUAUUUAUCUCAGUUUGGUAAUAGUAUACCUCAAUCAACGACAGCUGUUCUCUUGUUCAAGAUUCUUCAACGUCUGAUGACGUUUUCUGGACAAGCUUCUGCAAAUUUGAAAAGAGACGCACUUGGUGUCGUCAAGCAAAUUAUUUCCACUGGUUGGUUCGAUUGGCGUGAUAUCAGAAAAGAUAUUCAAUUCUUGUUUGAACAAUAUAUUGAAUUAAGCAAGAAUCCUCUUGAAGUACUUCAUGAUAUUGUCAAUCGUGUUCUGCCUGCAUUUGAAGAGGAACAAAGUCUAAAAGAAUAUCCAUUAUUAAGAGAAGACACUUUGAUCAACCAUUAUCAAGCCGUUAUUAAUCAAACAGUAAAAGCAUUUGACAUGCUUAAAGAUACAGAUCAAGAAGCCGAAGUUGUCCUCUUACAAACUUCUCAAAUCGUAAAAGCAUUUGAGAGAAUUACCAAUUAUGUAAAGACAAAAGAAAACAAAUCGCUUCUUGGUAUACUCUUGAAAACGAGCCGUACUUAUAUUGAACAAUUCACAAAACAUUCCAUACCUUAUUUUACUGGCAUCUUCAAAGCGCACAGCAAUAGUGUGCUUGCUAUUUUUAAAGAUUUUCAGACCACUACACGUAUGCUACAGAUCAUUUGUUCUCAUGUCAAAGUACAAAAAGAAGUGCAAUUGUCAUCUUAUGUCCCGCCAUUAAAAAAGGCUUUGGAAAUUGUCAUUUAUCAAGUCAAGAUGUUACUGACAGAAAACCGUAUACCUUCCUCUGCAUUCUUUAUGGGUGCUUUGAAACAUAGAGAUAUGCGAGGUGCGGAAAUUUCUAGUCAAAUUCCACGCGAGCCAAGUGAUAAUGAAGAGGAACAAGAGCAAGAAGAAGUAGAGGAGGAAGAAGAAGGUGAAGAAAUGAACACAAAUUCGGAAGAAACAACUCGUCAGAACUCCCCCGCGACAACAAAUUCCUCAAACAAGGCAACAUCUGCUCGUCGUGUAUACAAGCCAGAGCCAAAAAACAGAGCUAGUCCUGGUAAUUCUGCACUUGCUCAAUCUUAUAGAACAUCUAGUGUUGUUCCUUCCUCUUCUGAAGAGGAAGAUGAAGGGCAAGAGGACGAAGAAGAACAGGAAGAUGACGAUGAUGAUGAUGAUGAUUUACCUCGACAAUCAAGUAAUAGCAAGAAACGAAAAGCUCAAGAGGAUCUAGACGAAAUCGUCAUUGACUUUAAUAACAAAAGCAGUGAUGACCAUGAUGACGAAGAUAGCCCUCCCCCUAACCUCUCAAGAAAUACCAAGCAUCAACAAAGCCAAAAUUUGGCUAAAAGAAAACGUUUGGGAGUAGGUCGUUAUUCGGCUUCAUUGAAGCAUCUUUAA